UGUUUUGCUUGCUGGUGGAAAAACAAAUCACUUUCUAUCUAAAAGAUACAUUUUUCCGAACAAUUCCGAAGAAAAUCGAUUUGUUUACAUUUCAUGCUAGACAAACCUUGAAAUUAUCUUCACCUCUCUCUACCUUGGGCAGCUAGUUGCACUGUGGCGAAUCGAACCGUCCCAUGUAAACGUGGUAAUAUUUGUAAACAACAAAUUUUACAAACAAAUAGCCCACAUUUCGUUACAUUCAACAGUUUCUGCAACUCAGCGUUUUUUAAUUAAACCAAAAUCAUCCCAUACCCUCAAAUAAUCAAAGAAGUGUGCUGUUGGGCAGAAUAAAAUAGCAGCCCUGCACUGCGCAGCGUAAUUAGCUUUCCCCUGGCCGGAUUACGCAUGUGACAUUGCUUUUGGCGCGGUUCUCGCAGCUGCCGCGCGCACACUUUGACACACGCCACCCUGUGGGGUCGGGAUUUUCGCGCUCAAAAGUCGAUUUUCUUCUCAUUUACGGUUUUCUGCUGCCUGCGUGUCGACGCGUUUCGUAUCGUUUGUCCGUGGCGUGUGUGUGUCCCCCGUUUUACUUUUGUUUGACUUAGCCUACUUGUAAAGUGUGGUGCUUGUAAAGAGUGUAUUUGUUUCAGUUUCACUUGUACCUUUGGUUUGGUACAAUUUCAUUUCAUUCACCAAAUUUGACGACGCAACAUUCACAACAUGCCUCCGAUAGCGAGCGAAAAGUUAGGCGCCAGCGGCAAGAAGCCGUUCACCGUGUUCGUCGAGGGCAACAUCGGCAGUGGCAAGACGACGUUCCUGAACCACUUCCAGAAGUUUAACGACAUCUGUCUGCUGACGGAGCCGGUGGAGAAGUGGCGCAACUGUGGCGGCGUCAAUCUGCUCGAUCUGAUGUACAAGGAGUCGCACCGAUGGGCGAUGCCGUUUCAGACCUACGUUACGCUCACGAUGCUCGACAUGCACACCUGCCAGACGGACAAAUCGGUCAAGCUGAUGGAACGGUCGCUGUUCAGUGCAAGAAACUGCUUCGUGGAGAGCAUGCUGGCCUCCGGGUCGCUGCAUCAAGGCAUGUACAAUGUGCUGCAGGAAUGGUACGACUUCAUCUGCUGCAACAUUCACAUACAGGCGGACCUAAUCGUGUACCUUCAAACGAGCCCCGAAGUGGUGUACGAACGGAUGAAGCAGCGGGCCCGCUCGGAAGAGAGUUGCGUUCCGCUCGAGUACCUCAAGGAGCUGCAUGAGCUGCACGAAAACUGGCUCAUUCAUGGCGCCUCACCUCGUCCCGCUCCGGUGUUGGUGUUGAAUGCAGACCUGGACCUGAACACGAUCGGGGCGGAGUACGAACGAUCGGAGACGAGUAUAUUGAAGCCGAUCCUGAUAGAAAACACCAACCAGCAUGCAAUACUUACGUCCCCAGCGAAGCGCGCCAAGACGGACUUCUGAAACAUUUCCGCUCGCGUCAGGGCCAUUAGCUUGUACGGUUUUCCCUUUAUAUAUAUUAUUAUUAUUAUUAUUACCAUUCGAAUUGGACAUACAUUAACAAAAACAUAACCGAGGGCCAACACAACACAACUGUGUUCUUUCCUGGCAGCAAGGAGGAGCUGUAUGGGGAAGAAAAUCACGUAAAUUAAGAGACGACGAUCCUAGUGACGAACAAAGCAUGCCGUGAUUCGAUGCAGCAAUGUUGGUAUGUUGGCCUUCCCGCUAGCCUAGUGUAGUAAAGAAUGAACGUUAUAAUACUGCUACCGUGUUUGUGUUUUUACAACAUUAUAUUUAGUGUACGAAUAAUGGAAAAGGAAUAAAUGUUUGUGUCUGAAACUUGUAACCUUUUAA